AUGGAUUCCGGCGCUCUUGCUGUGUUACUUUCAUCUCUAAUUUCUCAACUUUUAAUUCUCCUCUUCUUGAUUUUUCCCUCCUCAAAUUCACUUACUUCAAUUUCCUCUGCAUAUUACCCUAUAAUAGAAUCAAUUUUUCCUCUCCUCCACCAUUUUAUCUCCACCUCUGAUAUCGCAGCCGCCGUUUUCCUCCUUUCGUGUUCGAGAAAACGAAAGCGGACCCAUUUCUUGGAACCCGAUUCCCCGGAGAAGGAGGAUGAUGAUCCCGCAUUCAAACUCGGGAAAAUGGGUCGAUUUGGAAAAGUUGACUCAGCCAUAUUCAGAAACCCUGAUUUGUUCAAGCAAUUCUUCAAAAUGAAUACCUCGACAUUCGAGUGGCUAUGUGGGUUACUUGAGCCGUUGCUCGACUGCCGUGACCCGGUUGACUCGCCUUUCAAUCUUUCGGCUGAGACCCGCCUCGGAAUUGGACUAUUCAGACUCGCUACUGGCUCUGAUUACCCGGAAAUCUCCCGCCGAUUCGAAGUCUCCGAAGCCAUUUCAAAGUUCUGUGUCAAACAGCUCUGCCGUGUGCUCUGCACCAAUUUCCGGUUCUGGGUGGGGCUCCCGAGUAAUAACGAGUUAGAUUCUGUGUCAACCCAGUUUGAAACCCUCACUGGCCUGCCCAAUUGCUGUGGAAUCAUAAAGUGUGCCAGGUUCAGAAUCAAAAGAAACACUGGGUCUGAAUCUGACAGAAUUAACCCAGAUACCCCACAAGAAGAACACAUCGCUGUUCAAAUUGUUGUGGACUCAUCAUCAAGAAUUGUAAGUAUUGUAGCUGGUUUUAGCGGCAAUAAGAGUGAUUUUCAGGUCCUUAAAUCAUCAACUUUAUAUAAAGAUAUCGAGAAGGGGUUGUUAUUGAAUUUGUCACAGCCGUUGUAUAUAAAUGAUGUGGCUAUACCUCAGUAUUUUGUUGGAGAAGGAGACUAUCCUUUGCUUCCAUGGUUAUUAGUACCAUUUCGUGAUCCUGUGGUCGGCUCAUAUGAAGAGAAUUUCAAUAAUAUGCACGGUAUGAUGUGUGUUUCAGCGUUAAAAACCGUUGCAAGUUUGAGGAACUGGGGUGUUUUGAGGAGGGAAAUCAAUGCCGAAUAUAAGGCUGCAGUGGCAUAUAUUGGUGCUUGUUCAAUACUUCACAAUAUGUUGAUCACAAGGGAGGAUUAUUCGGCUUUUUGUGAUGAGUCAGGUGAUUGGGAAGCGAAAGAUCAGAACUUUCAACACUAUAAAGAUAGUGCUAAUUUGGAGGAGAAUUCGAUAGUAAAGAAGGCGAGUCGCCAAAGACCAGAACCAAAACUCUGUUCCUUGAUUUGUGAAGGAGCAUAUUUUGCUGUAGGAAGCACCCAUCCGUCACGUGGAAACUUGAAAUAG